UAGAGAACUUUCAAGUAGUUCACUGACACCUACAGAAUAAAAGGAGGCACAAAGUACCAAAGAUAUUAGCAACCAAGAAGAACUGAAGAAUUUCCAGCAUGACUCAAACUGAGGAAAGCAGUAUGCACUCGAUGUGGAAUAUUGCGAGCAUUUCUAUCAUUCCAUUUCAAGAGACAGAAGAAGUGAACGGUCAACUACUAUGCACAUGUCGCAACUACUCUUCUAAUGGACAGAAAGUGUCAUAUCUUUUGCUGGAGACUCUUGCAGGUUUUGUAAUCCCUUUUUUAAUUAUUUGCACUUCUUACAUGUGUGUUGCAAGAAGAAUAAGCAGAAUGACUUACCAAUCUAAGCGGCGAUCAGAGAGCCUCAUUGCCAGUGUUGUGGUGGUGUUCCUUUUAAGCUGGUUUCCCCAUCAUCUCUUUAACAUCCUAGAUACUGUUUCAGUUCACAUAGAACUCUCUAAUAAGGAAAUGUCUUUGGCAUUGGAUGAAAUUGUAGACAGAGGAGUGUACAUAUCUGGAGCACUUGUAUUCAUUAGUAGCUGUAUUAACCCUCUACUUUACGCUUUUGCUGCACAAAGAUUUCGGAAUCACCUGAGAUUUGUCAAGAUAGCAAAGCUGUUUGAACAGAUGAGUCAGACUGUAACAGAGGAAGACAAGAGAAAAGAUGUGGUUUUAACCAGGCAAGAAGAUGCUUUAGUAAGCACAGAAAAUCUCUGACAAGGAACAUAGAACCCUAAUGAAUAACAUGACUCUGUCCUUCCCUCAGCAGUCCUUUCUUCUAAUACUCUCCUUUACUAAGCAAUCCAGGCAAAGCUAGAGAUAGGUAAAAGUUAUUGGGGUUUAUUUUGUGUGUUAUAAAAGAAUUGGCAUUGGCAACUUAGUUCAGUUCUUCAGUUAAUAUCUGCAUCCUGAAAUUAGCACUGGUGCUGAGAAUCUCAGCAAGGUGCCUAGAAGCUCAGAGUGUAAGGAAUACAGUAUUUUUACUUUCCAUUAAAAUUAUCUGUGAUUUCUGGAAAGCCUGUGUGCAGGAAACAGAAAAGGACGGUGUGUGGAAAACAGAAACUUUGAAAGUUUAAAACUAAGUUUUCUUUCUGAAAAAACCCUGCUAGAUCAUCAAAAAUGUUUAGAUAGUCUAAAGUUUUAAGAGACCAUACUUAAAUUCCUGUUACGGCUGAGAAUGGUUUUAGAGUAUAUUAAUGGCACACAAAACAUUUAUGUAGAUGGAAAAGUAAGUUAUUUUUAUUCAUUGCUUAAUUUAGGUUUGAAAGUAGUAAUUAUUAUUUACACAAUCAAGCUCAUUUACUGAAUUAUGUUGUCUUAACAGGUUUUAACAAGUAUAAUGUAAAUUGUGAUGUGACUUUUCAGAAAAACAAAACAAAACAAAAACUAAACAAAACCAACCAAACAAAAAAACAAACAAAAAAAACCCAGGUACAAGUAUUCUGCGUUAUAUGGCAAACAGAUUUACAGACUUCAUGAUAUUAUUUUUUAUGGGUCACAAAAUUAUGGCAGCAGCACAAAGUGUCAAAUAUCAUACCGACUUCACCUUCCAAAUGAAAGCAUUAUUUUUACUUCUCUUGUGAAAUAGAGUGAAUAAGAAAUAAAUUUAGCACUGGCAAGGACCUUGUUUUAGUUUUGUGAAUGUGUGCAAGCUCACUGUGGAAAAAUAUGACAUGAAGUGGUGGCUUAUGAAGAUUUUUUUGAAUUUCGGUUGUGGCUAGCAUUCUUUAUGCUUACUCUUGCUUAUUUUUAAGGCAGUAACUUGUAGUUAGGUAAAGAUAACUAGUGAUUACUAAGAAACAUGUUUUAAUUUCCUGUACAUUGUUCUGGGUAGCUGCUAAGUACCUGUUACUAGUCUUUACAAAGAAAUUACAAAUACUAACUAGAACUUAAUUUUCAAAAUCUGAUCAUGUAGCAGCCAAGGAUAUUUAAAUUGUAUUAAUUUAACUCAUAAAUA